AUGGUCAAGUUUGCUGUCAUUGCUGCCGUUGGUGCAUUUGCCACGGCGAAGAUUUCCCCCAGCAUCCACCGCCACUUGGAGGCCAACCAUGACGUGGACGUCGUGGUUGAAUUCCGAGACGGCAACCAGCCUGCGUUGCGAGCGGCCAACUUGGAGACGGCUACCAUUCAAACCCGUGGCGCCCGCAUCGCCCAUGUUCGGUCGCUCUUGGAGAGCAACAUGGAGACGUCCCAGCGCGCGGCAGUGGAGCUGCUGUCGUCGCAGCCCGAAGCCUUCACGACCCGCGUCGAGAGCUUCUACAUCAACGGCAACAUGCACGUGUACGGCGCCAACCGCAUCGUGCUGGACGAACUCGCCAAGUUGGACAACGUGGCUCACAUUCGUCUCCCCGUGGUGGUGGACUUGCCCGUGAUCAACGACGAAGACGACAACGUGGUGGGGCUUCCCGUGCUCGACCUCUUGUCCAACUCGACGUCUGUCCAAGCUGCCAACGAAUGGGGCGUGAACCUCAUCAGCGCCCCUACCGUGUGGGCUGGUGGUAACCGCGGCGAAGGUGUGGUGGUGGGAAUUCUGGACACUGGUGCCAUCCACACCCACAACGACCUCAAGACCAACUGGCGAUCGACCUACGGCUGGUUCGACCCCACCGACAAGUCCCCGACCCCCAUCGACACGAACGGCCAUGGCACCCACGUCGCGGGUUCAUCUGUUGGCCAAAACGGCAUCGGGGUAGCCCCCGGAGCCACGUGGAUUGCUUGCCGCGGGUGCACCACGAGCACGUGCCCUGAAGCGGCACUCACGGCAUGCGCUCAGUUUUUGUUGUGCCCCACUGACGUGACGGGCCAAAACCCCAAGUGCGAGUUGGCGCCUGACAAUGUCAUUGGCGUGGGCGCCGUGGGCGUCGACGACAAGCUGGCCAGCUUCAGCAGUCGCGGACCCACUAAAGACGGCCGCGUCAAGCCUGACGUGUCGGCCCCUGGGAACCAGGUGCGUUCGGCGUGGCGCACUGGCAACAACGCCUACAAGACCAUCUCGGGCACGUCCAUGGCGUCUCCCCACGUCACGGGUGCCGUCGCGCUCUACUUGUCUGCCAACAAGGCGGCCACGUACGACGACGUGUACAAGGCGUUCACGACCACCGUGGACACCAAGACGUUGACCCCGGACAACAAGAACUGCGGGGGCGUCAAGGACGCCACCUACCCCAACAACAACUACGGAUUCGGCCGCAUCAACAUUGCUCGGGCGGUGGGUGCCAACGUGUCCCCUACCCCCACGAUCCCAGUCACCACGAAUGCCCCUACCACCCCCACGACCCCAAUCACCACGAAAGCAACCCCAGCCCCAACCACUGGCGUCCCCACCACGACGCAGGCGACGCCUGUGACGACCUCCGCCGCCGGCAGCUGCAACGGAUGCAAGUCGUGCUACUCGACGUCGAUCGGGUAUUGCUUCCCUCCUGGUUACACCAAGGCGCAAUGCGCUACCUUUGUGGACUACAAGACCAUUUGGUGCGGUGUCUAG